UUUUAAAAAAUUUGUUCCCUGCUAGAGCGGCAGAGGGUAGAGAGAGGUUAGAUUAGCAAAUGUGGAGGGUGUUUUCAUUAGCUUGAUUCCAAAUUCUGGAAUCUGGAAAUCAAUCCGUUUAGGCCAAUCUCAACUCAACGCCAUAAAAGUAGCAAGAUUUUUCAGAGGAAGCGAGCUACGUUGUUUGGACUGUUUCUUGGAAUUUCCCAGAUUAGUCGGCACGUAUUUACGUAGUACGUACUCCUUAUUUGGUACUCGACGUACUCUAUGUUGAGUCCGGUGAGUCACUUAUGGUAAAAGUCAUUUUUACAAAAUUAUAUAAGGCCCAGUAGUACCAUCAAGAGAGAGAGAGAGAGAGAGAGAGCGAUGGAGGAAGAGACGGGCAAAGAGAAAGGAGGAGAUAAAGAAAGCCCUAACAACAACAACAACAGCAGCAGCAAUCAAAUCCACAAGGAAAGUCCAGCGAAGAAGGCCAAGUCAUGCAAGGGAUGUGUAUAUUACUCAUCCACCCUCAAAUCCAAUUCUCGCAAUCCUCUCUGCGUAGGCAUCCCUCGCUCCCUCCCCCAAGUACCGCUCUACAUAGUUGGAGUAUCUGAGAUUGAAGCCUCUAGAGAGGGUAGAAGCCUUGCAGAUUUCAAGUAUGCUUGUGUUGGUUACUCUGUAUAUUCGGAUCGGAAAGGCAGUUCUGUGGAUGCUCAAGAGACGCAAGCAGAAUUGCCGAUCUGUGUUGGCCUCGAGGUUUUGGUAGACAGAAAGGUCAAUACUGCUGUCGAUCCUGUUCCAGCUGGUGUUCAGAACAAAGAAGAUGCCCAUGGAUUUCAACCACCUCGGACGCAUAAACCUACUCAUUCCGCAGGGGAUGAGUUCUUGAGCAGAUUUUCUAGAAAUGCGAAUGUGGUUGCCAUGGGGGUAGCCAAGAACCUGCGUAGAGUGGGCAAUAACAUAAAAGAUCGUCUUGAUGACAUUUUAUAUCCACACCGAAGGCGUCCGAAGUAAGAUUGCUAGUAUCAUAUGGUAUAAGAGGCAUCAAGAAACUAAGCAAGAAGGGUAGAUCACAAAACAACCUCCCUGUUCUCCUUUCAGUUCAGUUCAGCUCCACAAAGCAAUUGUCCAAUUGGAAAGGGUAGAGGGGGACAUUUUUGCAUUUUCUGUUCAAAAUUCCGAACGAUGUUUUAAUGAAAUAUAUGUUAUGUAUUGGUGUUGGCAUCCGAAUGCCUGCAAUUAUGAUUUUGAGGGGGAGAUAGAUAGCCUUGUUCUUCGCUAUCAUACUCUGCAAUUAUGAUUUUGUUUUUGUAGCCAAAAUAUGGUUCACUGGUGCCAUCGUGGCGAGGUUGGAAAGUUGUUGUAGCCUUAAGUUAAGGGAAAUAUAAUAAAUUUUUUUAUCGACUUGUGAAUA